CGUAGGUCAGCUAAUAUACUUAUUAGUUGACAUCCCCAUUCUCGGGUUUACAUCUAGCUGUCAUCCACACACAUCUUCCUUUAUGCUUCCAUUACGUAACAUCCAAGACCACCCACUUUAACUAGUAUAAAUGAGAGAACAUGCAGCUUUAGUCUUAUCCAUAAACUUCACAAGACAUCUUUUAAAGAAGACCUUCCUUGCUACCUGCUUCUGACUACUUUCUUGUUAAGAGCAAGAUGAUGUCAUACCUGGCAAAGAUUGUUGAAGUUGGUGGGAACGAAGGAAGUGCUUUUAAUUUUAAUGGUACUGAAAAUGGAACCAUGUUGAAAAAGAUCACGGUGUGGGUCGGUAAAAAGAAGGUGAAAGCCAUUAAAGUUCAGCUUACUGAUGACCAGUCUGAGCAGUUUGGUGUACUUGAUGGGAAAGUUUCAGAAUUCACAUUUGAAGAUGGAGAGAAUUUCACCUCCCUUUCACUUUGGGAAAAUGGAGAUGGAACACGUCUGGGUGGCAUCAAAUUCAAGACGAAUCACUCCCGGGAGUUCUCAGCAAGCAUGAGCAUCUUGAAUUCAAAAUCAGUAGUUCCAGUUGAUGUUGCUUCUGGGAUCUGCAUGGGAAUCAAAGGACGUGCAGAGAUGUCCAAAAGUCCGGGGAUUAGUUCCUUAGGCUUCAUGUUCAUUAACACCAUCAAGUCUGCUGAGCUUACAAAUGUUGAGUAUCCCACACUUCAUGAUGUGAUACCCAAAGUAGCUGUCAGGGAAAUCAAAUCCAUGACCUACCAGAAUAACACUACUAAAACUCAAGAAUAUAGAAUUGAAGCCUCCAAAAAAAUCACCCAGACAUCCUCCUGGUCUGUUACCGGCAGACUGGAAUUCAUGGUCAGCCUGGAAGUUAAGGCAGGAAUUCCAUUAAUUGCAAAUGGCACAGCAAGAUAUGAACUAAAAAAGGGAGUUGUGGGUACAUAUGCUUCGGAGACCACUGAAGAGAAAAUGAAGCUCUUCUUGUUUCCUGUUAAAGUCCGUCCAGAUACAUCCGUGGAUGUGGACAUCACAAUUGGCCAGGCUACAGUUGAUCUUCCCUUCAAUGGCAUAGUCAAGAUUACCUGCCAUAAUAACAGUGUGCUGCAGUUUAAAACCAGUGGAACCUACAAGGGUGUCACUUAUACUGAUGGAAAAGUAGCUGUGAAUGAAUCAGCCAAAAAGCUUGAUGGGGCCUCACAGGCUUUGAACUAAAUUGUAAAAAUGGUUCUAAAAGUUCAGUAUAAUGAAUCUCAUAUAUUAGAUCAUUCAAACUGAAAAUGUGUUUGACGCUAGCUUGGUUUAAAUGAUUUGGUUUUAUUAUUAGCUUUUCAUAAUCAUAAUGAUUCUCUUGUCUGAUUUGUUUUUUUCAUAAUCUGUAAACCUUUUAAAACAGUGACUUCAUUUAUCCUGCUAGGCUUCCAGUGGUGCAGACCCAUAUUUUUUGAUUAAUAAAACAUUCUUUAAAAAACAUUCUGAAUGAUGACUGUAUUUGACUGUAGCUUGCUGUAACAAUUUUAUUUGAUAAUUACCUUCUUACUUAUUAGGAAGAUUGUAAUCUGUAAAGUCUUAAAAUUCUCACUCUACUAUUGUUUCAACUCAUUUUUGCCUACAAUAUAAUGUAUACAAAAGCAUGUUCUUUCUGUCUAAGAUGCACCAUUUGUAAACAUUUCAUUUGAUUUCAUGGUUGUACAAUACAGGAGCAUUGCUUGUGCACAUUCUCAGAAAUUAGCAUGUGGUGCAAUACCAACGUAACCAGUGGAGGCAGUAUAGUACCAUGCGACACUGUAUCCACAACACAAUAAACAACUAACAUUGUGUCUCAAAUCGCAUACUUAUGUACUAUUCUACAUUCCUGAGCACUAACUGGUUUUCCUAUUACAGUUAGCAUAGUGAAUUUUAAAAACUUCUCAUGUAGCCUUCAAACCUACUGAAAGGUCUGUUUCGAGUACCAGUCUUACCAGUAAAAUGUCUCAAUAUACUGGAGUAAACAAACUCUCAUACACUACUUGAGUACAUUUAAAAGUAGCAUUGUUGUUAUUUUGACUUGAGUACAUUUUUUUGGCUGGAUACGUCCACUUUUAAUUAGGAUUUUGAAACAUUAUCUAUAGUUUCAUUUAAGUAUAAUUUCUCAGUACUUUAUCUACCUCUGACCAUAAUGCAUAACAUGUAACGCAUUGUACCAUACUUAUAUCAAUAUAACAAAUAUUACUGGUGGCAUUUAUUCCCCUUAUUCAUCAGCAGUAACUAUUUUUUUAAUGAAUGACACACCACAUUUUUUAUCCCUUUAUAGUUACAUUUAAUGUUGUGUAACAUCCAUGAAGCGAGUUCUUGUCAUUACUUACAUUAUAGCAGCUUUAAACAGUCAUUCUCUCACCAGUCAAUUUUCUUACUCAAAAGACAAAAAAAUGGAGUUUGUCAAGUCACUGAGAAACAACGUGAGGGCACAUUCCUCGGUCCUGAAGACUUUCCAAUGUCCCAUGCUUUCUGUUUUAAAAAGCUGACACUGGCAUAUACCAAAAAUGCUCUAUAAAACUUCACCAUAUGAACAAUAACACGUUUAUAUAUAGCUUCCACCACACAAGUCCAUGUGUAAGUUGUUGCAUAUUAUAACGAGUGCAUGGAUUUGAUAGUUCAACAGCACUAUGGUAUAAAGACAUACAUUAAUUUGUUUAAAGUUUGAUUCUUCUGUUGGCUAGUGUGUCGCUCACACACUCGUCGAGGCUAACGGCUAAAGUCCACUUCUGUGGGUUUA